GCAAACAAUAAGGUCCAAGAAAACCUUGCCAGUUCUUCUUCAUCUAUGUCUAGGGUUGAAAUUGAGAAUACGGUCUUUACUGAGCUUAUAUAUAAAGGUGAAGUACCUAAACGUCCUCUGAAUUAUGGCUUUGGAGUGAAGAAAAGUGACAUAUUUGGAGUCGAAGGGGUGCUUAGGAAAGAAGGGUCAACCUGUGUUAGCAACAAUGCUAUGGAAAUGGAGAACAUGAAAGGCGAACUAUCGAUUGUCAAGAAGCAAAAUGCGGACCUUGCAGAACAAAAUCAAGUCCUGAACUCCAAGUUUGAUGAAACAACACAAUCCUUUAAAAUGAUUGCUUCUUUUUUGGGACAAGUUUUGAAGGAAGUACGCAAAGGAAAUGUUUCAUCCGCCCUUUUAGAUGGUGCGGAAUCAACAAUACAUAUGAAUAAUGAUGAUUCUGGUGGCAAUGGUGAAGAGAAUGCUGACACAUGAGACAAGGACAUUAAAAGCAAGAUUAUUGAUGAUCCAAGUGAUGAUGGUGAAAUAUAGAUAAGAGAUCAACAAUUUGUCUACAACCUAAGCUCUAGCAUGUCGAUAGGAUUUUCUCGCUUAAUUAGUACGUAGUUAAGAUUUUUUUAUUUUAUCUUUGGACUAUCUUCAUUAAUGUAGAAAAGUGACGCUAGGAUUGUAGUUGUUUUAGAAAUAUUGUUUUUAAUUUGGUUUUAUUGGACAAU